AUGUUCAGACAUAUUUUAGUGUUUUUAUCGAGUUUUGUAAUCGUGUUGUGUGAUCGAAACUUUGGGACGCCCGCUGGCUAUAUGUCUGAUUUGAAACCUGUGAAGGGUCUCUUCUUCAAAAGUUCUGAAGUGAGAUGCAACCUUUAUGAUAAUGGUACUGCUUGCGUCGCUGCACACUUUCAACUUGAGAAAAAGAAGACUCAGGUGGUAAUAAGUGGCUAUUUGGACUCGUCAUCGUCGCCAUUGCUUCGCGCUGUCGCGGACGUGUACCUGCGGCGCGGACGCAACGUCAUUAUAGUGGAGAUAUUCCCUGUUUUAAUGCGCCAUUAUCCCUUAGCCGCUCGCGUAACGAGGCCAUUUGGCGAAUUUCUUGGAGAAUUCUUGACUUCCCUCACAAGUCACGGCCUAACCGCUAAUCGUUUGGAAUUGCUGGGAGCUAGUUUAGGAGCUCAUAUAGCAUCAUACGCAUCGCAUCGCUUCGAGCAACUGACAGGAUCGAAACCGGCAAGAUUAACUGGUUUGGACCCUGCUGGACCUUGUUUCCGCAACCUGCCAUAUUCAGAACGAUUGAAUCGCAACGCCGCACAAAAAGUGGACGUGUUACACACCAACAUUGACGGUUUCGGGAUACCGGACCCUCUGGGACACGUCGACUUCUAUGCUAACGGAGGGGAAUAUCAACAAUCCAUGAAGAAUGGCUUCAUUUUACCUUGUUUUGUGUUAUGUAGUCACGUGCGUUCCGCCUUGUAUUGGAUCGAUAGUUACAAAAGCCCAGACCAAUUUGUCGGGGUGCAAUGCGACUCCGUGGCGGAAGCGCGUCGCGGAGACUGUUACAAAGACCAAAAUAUCACUACCAAUUUCCUUGGACCAAAAACUGAUUUCCGGAAACCUGGCAUUUACUACUUACCCACGAAUGAAGCUUCACCAUACUACAAAGGUUUAAACAGUUUAAAAAGACAAUCACUCGGCAUAAACACUUACCUCCUUCAGUUAGCGCCCGACGAAGAUAUGAUUCUUUGA